GGCUGCUGAGAGGCAAGGUAUUUGGCCAUCCCAAGUACCAAGAAUCCAAAAGAAUUGCAAUCUUUCUGAGCAUGCCAGAUGAAAUCCAGACAGAAGAAAUCAUUAAGGACAUUUUUAAGCAAGGCAAAGAGUGUUUCAUCCCACGUUACAAGCCUCACAGCAAUCACAUGGACAUGCUAAAGUUAUCGUCAGCUGAAGACAUUUCUUCACUUACUUUGACAUCCUGGAAUAUUCUUCAGCCUAGUGAUGAUGACAGUGUAAGAGAGGAGGCUCUUGCUGGUGGAGGUCUUGACCUUAUCUUCAUGCCAGGCCUUGGGUUUGACAAAAAAGGCAACAGACUGGGAAGAGGGAAAGGAUAUUAUGAUACCUAUCUUGAAAGAUGUAUGAAACAUCCCAGAGGAAAGCCUUACACGAUUGCCUUGGCUUUUAGGGAACAGAUUUGUGAAUCAGUGCCUGUGGCAGAAAAUGAUGUCCAAGUAGAUGAAAUCCUUUAUGAAGACUGCUGAAAGUAUGUUGAUACCAACCCACCUUCAGAGUGACCAACCAAAGAUGUCAGAUUCAUCAAUCAUGACUUUUUAAUAGUCGUAUGUGACUUUGGGAGCAAUAAAAUACGCUAUCCGUGUUUGAAAAAAAAAAAACCUCAACAUAAAUAUGGUAAUAGUAGUGAGGAUUGCAUUGAUUUGCUUCUAAUUAGCAAAUACCUGGUGAGAAUUCUUAUUCUAGAAUCAAUAGAAACAAGAAUGUGUGACUGUUUAUUACAGUAAGGACCAUUUCUUCUCAUCAUACAUUUGAGGAACAAGCUACUUGAUGCUUAACAGUUUUCUUGUUGCAGUUUAUAAGUGAACUGUAUACUAAUGACAGUUCUUGAUUCAUUCUGGAAUUAGAUAAUUGCUAUGGUAAAAGUUUUUAGUACUUAAAUAUUAUGUGCAUCCAUGAGCAAAACAAGAAACUGCCAGAUAAGUCCUUUAGUAAGCUGGGCAAAAAAUGGUGAUUGGGAAAAAGUCUUAAUUGAUUUUAGUGUAUACAAUAAUUUUGACUGUUUACUUGGCUUCUUGAAGUUGUCUUAAAAUAAGGGAGUAUCUGUUAAUAAUAAAAGGUUCAUGCCCAUAGCUUUGGUAUAUGGUUCUUUCCUUUAUAUGCAUACAAGAUGGUAAUGUAGUCUAAGAUGUGCUCAGUGAGUUCUCCAUCUGGAGAAAACCAGCUCUUUUUUUUUUGUAAAAUAAUGUUCAAAAUUACUUUAAGUUCUAUAAUUUUGUACAUGGGCCAUUCAUAAUGUCCAAAAAUAUAGUGUGAAGUAUGGGUCCUAUGUUAAAGAAUAAAGAGAAGCUAAGAAUGGCAGCAAGCAGGUUUUAUGGAUUGAGUAAGUUUUUGGGUGGAAGCUUGGUUGUUCUUCAGUUCUCCAGACCAUCCUGGAAAUCAGGAAGAAGAUAAUGAGUUUUCCUCUGAAAAACCUCACUAUCCAAAGAUAGUGAGUUGUCCUCUGCACACUGUUCUCAUAGUAAUAGGACACAAGAUUUCCAAUCAGGAUGAAUCAAACUGUCCAAAUUUUGUGUUCCUUCUUCAGUGUAACUUCGCUAUUUCUAUACGUGUUUAAUG